AUGUCCGCGAAUCCUUCGACCGACGACAGCCCAUCCGCGGCGGGAUCUCCGCCCCAGGUCCCGGAGACCCGAGAAUCGCAGCAGCACGAGGAGAAGACCCCGUCCGCGGAGGAGACAACAACACCCGGCCCUGAAGCCAAGGAAAGAGAAGAAAUAGAACAAAACAGCGACAAGGAACCAGGAGAAGAACCAGAGGAGGCAGCAGCAGCAGCAGCAGCAACAGAAUCAGAAGCCGCACCCCCGUUACCGGACGAGGUUCCCCCGCCGCUCCCCAACGAAGUACCCCCAGGGGAUAAUGAUAAUAAAGACGACGGAUGGGAACCCGUCUGGGACCCCACCGCCCAAGCCUAUUACUUCUACAAUCGCUUCACGGGUAUCUCGCAAUGGGAGAACCCGCGGGUACCGGACGCGACAGCUAAGGCGGAUGACAACACCGUCGCGGAGGAUGCAGACACCGCCGCCGGUCCCUCCUCCUCUGCUGCUGCGCCCACCGCUGUGGUAGGUGGCUACAAUCCCGCCAUUCAUGGUGAUUACGAUCCUACGGCGCCUUAUGCGCAGCAGUACGAGCAGCCCAAUCAGGUCGCUGCGGGGGGAGGGGCGCUGGACCCGGAACAGGCAUAUGUGGCGGUGGGCGCGUUCAACCGGUUUACGGGGCGGUGGCAGGCAGCGUCGCAGAAUACAGAGUACCACAAUGAUGAGAAUAAGUCGCACCGACAGAUGUAUGCAUUCUUUGAUGUGGAUGCGGCGGCGAAUAGUCAUGAUGGGCGGAGUCUGCGGGCGGAACGGAGUGCGAAGAAGUUAACUAAGAAGGAGCUGAAGAUGUUUAAGGAGAAGAGGAGGGAGAAAAAGGAGGAAAAGAGACGGGCGUGGUUGAGGGAUUGA